UUUCUUUAAUUCUCCCUCCCUCGCCUCCCUCAGUGUCCCUCUCAAACGCACGGUUCCCAAUGUCUCUCUCCUCCCUCCUCCUCCUCCUCCUCCUCCUCAUUGCUCCUCACGCUCAAAACCCAUCAUUGCUAGCAAGAGCGCAAGUAGAAGAAACCAACCUCACUCUUGAAUGGCCCCCAUACGCCCACUCCAUGUACCCAGCUUACCCAUUUGGAGCCGAGGAAGACGACGUUGAAGACCCUGAAGCGUUUGGGUCUGAUUCUCCCCCCAUUAAGGGCGCAAGGAGGUCCCUGUCUUGGUAUCGGAGGCGCUCUUACAUCUCCUACGGAGCUCUCUCCGCCAACAGAAUCCCGUGCCCGCCGAGGUCUGGGAGAUCUUACUACACCCACAACUGCUAUAGAGCCUCUGGGCCUGCUCAUCCUUACUCUAGAGGCUGCAGCAGGAUUACUCAAUGCCGGAGGUGAUCCGAUCCCACCAUCCCAUUUUUAUUUGAUUGAUCUAUAAACUACAUAUGCAUGUUAGGUGUUUUGGUUGUUGGGCAUUUAAUUUGGAUGAAGUGUGUUUGUUGCUGUGUGGUAUCGUGCCAAUUUCUUGCGAUUAGAUGCUGUUGGGUUAGUGUUAAAAGGGUUGUUCUUCUGAUGGCGCUUAUUAGAAUAUCGUCAUGCUGGUGUUUAUGCAUGUUGGUAGGCUUAAUUUA